AGAGAGAGAGAGAGAGAGAGAGAGAGAGAGAAAGAAUGCAGUACAUGGCAUCCGCAGCAGAGGCAUCAAUGGUGCAUCUAAUACCACUCAGGUGACUGGGAGAGGGUGUCUGGCUCCUCCUGCGUCAUCCUCGUUGUUUAACGGUCUGUGGGAGGCGAACAUGAGGGAGCUAGAGCAAGAGGAUAUGAGUGGGGGGAGAGGGGGAGGGGGAGGAGGGGGGGGAGAACGGAGUCUGUCCAUUGGGGUGGGGAGCGCGGGCGGGGAAGAAGCAUCCAUGCGGGAAUGUGUUGAGCCGAAGGUUCGGACGCGGGGCCACUGGCGUCCGGCUGAGGACGAGAAAUUGCAAGAGUUGGUGGCCCUUCACGGGCCGCAGAAUUGGAACUUGAUAGCGGAGAAACUGCCGGGGAGAUCGGGGAAGAGCUGCCGCCUUCGGUGGUUCAAUCAGCUGGACCCACGGAAUAACAGAAGGCCAUUCACAGAGGAGGAGGAGGAGCGUCUCCUGGCCGCGCACAGGUUCCACGGCAACAAGUGGGCGCUCAUUGCGCGCCUCUUUCCGGGGAGGACAGACAACGCCAUCAAGAAUCAUUGGCAUGUGAUAAUGGCAAGAAAUAACAGGGAGAAGAAGUGGGGGAAGGCGAGCGUGCUGCGGGUUGGAAACACAGUCUGCAGGAAAGCGGGGAGCUGUUGGGGGGGGGAGGAAGGAGGGGUGGUGAAUGAGAGCAACGGCAGGGAUGUGAUGGUUUCGCAAGGCGCAGCCAUCGCCGCAGCUGUGGCGGCACAGGCAGCGGCAGCGCAGGGCGGCGGAAGUUGUCACCGCGAGGGGAGCGAAGGGGGGGGGACAAUGAUGCCCCGGCAACAGCAGCAGCAGCAGAGGGCGGUUGGCGCGGGGGCAGCCGGGGGGUCUCCCAUUGCGCUGGGGAUGGGGAUGGGCAUGGGAGGUCCCAAUUUGCUGGCCGCGGGCGCGUUGGCUGCGCAAGCGUCGCUUCAUCAGGCGGCGGCUAUGGCAGCCAUGGAGCAUAGGAUGGACCUUCGAGGAGGAGGUGCCACAUCGGAGGAUCUACUUCAAUCCGCCGCGGGGCACGUCCGCAUUGCGCUCCGCGACGGUCGGCCCGAUGGCCCGGUGGCUGCAGCGCUGCCCAUCUCCUGGUGUGGGGGAGCGGGAGGGGGAGGAGGAGGAGGAGGAGGGGGUGUGCCCAACCUCCACCAUGUGAAUGAGAACGGUGGGGUUGGCUGCACCGGGAGCAGCGUGCACUGUGCUGGAUCGCCUGAAGGGCCCAGCACGAGCGGGAGCAGCACAAGUAAUAGGAACACGUUCAGGAAGGUGCUGACAGGGGUCGGUGCCUCUCAGGACUUGGCCUCCGUAUCGACUGCAGCAGCAGCAGCAGCUGCUGCGGCAUGUAACGUAGAGAGUCUGGAUUCACGUCUUGACUACAACAACACCCAUGCGAACCAUGCCCAUCACCCUCAUCUACAGCAGCAGCAGCAGCAGCAGGCCGCUGCCGCUGUGGCCGUUGAAGUCCUGAGGUUACGCCAAGCUGCCGUCUCUGCGGGUGGGCACGGAUUAGCAGCAGCAGCAGGAGGAGGAGGACCUCCCUCCUCCUCACUGCCCGACACUCUUGCUGCAAGUGCUACUUCGAUGGUUAUCAGCACUUACCCCCUGCACAGCCCAGUUUUAGAGCAGCCAUUGAUUACGCGGAGCCCCUCCAGCAUCGCAGCAGGCGAGGGAGGAAGAGGAUCACCAGGAUCCUCGUCAAAGGUCGUCAAGUCCACGUGUUCCUUGCUGCCGCAUUCGUCGACGUUCCUAGAGCUUGCACCGAGGAAAGCCCAGUCUUGUACAUUGACGCUAUCGGCAUCGGACGGGACGUCCCCGCCCCCCAGUUCCCCUUCGCCUCUGGCAAUCGGGCGAGGGUUGAGAUCAGGAGGGUGCGGGGCCUUCACACCGUACUCGGAGUUUCUUCAAGUGGCUCCCUCCUGCGAGAGGGAUGGGGAGAGGGACAGGAUGGGGGGGAGAGGUGCUGGUGGUCCUCCAUCGACGAGCGGAAGAGGCCAACAAGAGGUACCUGGAACUGGAAGUGGAACUGGGACUGCUUCGCCUUCUGCGGCUGUGAUGGGCGCAGCCGCUGCCGCGGCCGAGGCUGCUCGGCGUCAUCAGCAGCUCCAGGCUUGCCAUGCCAUCAGCCUCAGCAACGUGCGCAACGAGGGGGUAGACGGCGGCGGACGGUUCCCGCCAAUGGCGGGAGCGGCGAAAUCGGUGGCAGCGGGCGGAGCCGAAGCGGAAAGAGCGGCGGAGUGGACACUGAAGGCGGCCGUUGCUCAGCAAUCGCGGUCGGGGCCUAUGGUGGAGGACGAGGUGAGGCCUCCUCCCAAUUUUUCGUUGAAGUCAACGAUGAAGACGGAGAAGUUGGAGAAGGAGCCAUCGUCGUCCUGUGAGGGUGGGGGGGGCGCAUGGUGUCGCCUGCCCAAGUGGCUGUUAUCUCCGCACUCGAGCACAAUAACGGACCUCACGCGCUCCAGUCGGACAACCAACGGCGGGGGAGUGUCAGAAGUGGACAAUGGAGAUGGGGAUGUGAGCAGUUCAACCUUCUUGUUGCAGCAACUGGCACACGACCAGCGCGUGAUGCAGCAGCAGGCCCAACAGCAGCAGCAGAUGUUGGCGGCAGCAGCUGCUACGUGUCGGCAGCAGCAGCAGCAGCACUGCGUAGCUGCGGCGGCUGCUGCCGCUGCCGCGGGCGCUGCCGACGGUCUCCUAGCAGGAGGAGGACACGUGGACGAUGAGCGGCAGCCGCAGCUUGAGCUCCAACAGCGACUCAUAGGAGAAGCCGCAUUGCGGCAAUUGUUGCUAGCACAGCGGCAUCAAGCAGGGGGGGGAGCGGGAGCUGGGGGGAGCGAGAUGAUGGAUGUGGCAGCUCUCACUUCAGCGCAGUGGGAACAGGUGAGCGCAUUUCUGCGUGGUUGGAUGGCAGUAGACUAUGGAGCCGCGGCGGCAGCCUUGGCGGCCGCCGCCACCGCGGCGGCGGCGUCGGCGUCAGCGUCGGCGUCGGGGUCAAGCUCGCUCACAGGAUCAGUGUCUUCUGAGCAAGCAGCAGCUGCUGCUGCCGCGGCCGCUGGGGUGAUGCUUGGAGGAAGAGGGCCUUCUCCCGCCUCCUGCGCCUCGUCUCAUCAGCUUCAUCCGCAUGCUGCCGUUAAUGUUCAGAGCGCGGGGAGGUUUUCCUCCUCCUCACCACAGUCGGUGCGGCAUUACCCUGCUAGACCAGAUCAAGCCGACUUGGAGCCCCCCACCGUGAUGAGAAUGAUGAAGACGCCCGCCGUAGCCGUGAAUGCUACGGGGAUGGUUAUUGAUAGUGGUAUGAAUCCUCUAGAAGAGGCCGGCAGGAGAAUGGUGACAAGUUGGAGGCAGGCUGGAGAUGGAAUGGCCCCAUGGUCAUCCUCGGCAGAUUUCGAGGCGACAACCCCGUCGGCAAGGCCUAUGACAGCCCCCCGAGGCGAACCCACGACCUCUGGCCUGGAGACCAGUAGGAACAUGGUCGUGGACUCCAUUGGGGGCUCAUCCAGGCCGAUUACUUUCUUCGAUUUCCUCGGCGUGGGUGCCAUCGCUUAGCGUUCCGUGAGAUGGGCAUAUACAGCAUACAUCACGAUGUGCCCUUGUUGGUAUCACUCUGGCAGUUACAAACUCGAUGUCGAAAUAGAGAGAAAGGCCUGUUCUUUGCGAAGUACAACUCUUGUCAUCCUGCCUUUCCAUCGUCGUCUCUUUCUUCUCUCUCUCCCUUCUUUUCUCUCUCUCUCUCUCUCGUUCUUUCUCUGUAUCUGGCGCUCGCGCGCACCUCUCCGUCUGAUCUGAACACCACCCCGGCGCUAAUUUUCUCUCGCGCUUGUGCAGCUUGGGAAUGAGAGGGUGGGGAGGGGAGAGAGAGGAGGAGGGAGGGAGAAGAAGUGAGACGGACGACGAAACGGUAGGGACGGAGAAGGCUGGCUGGCAGGAUGAUGGGAUUUUCCACUCGUGUGUUAUGUAUAUCAUCACGCUGUCUUUUCAAACAUCCGCUCGUUUGAUGCCUUUGUUUACUUUGUCGGCGGCGUUUUCGUGCUCGCCGUCAGUCGGCCCAUCAUCAAGGUUCCCCUGUCGUUGGUGCUCUAAGAGGGUUCAUUUUGAAUCUCCGUAUGUGUACAGCAAUAUGCAUAUAUCGCGUAGAGAGAAAAAAACGCCGUGCUUGUCCGUUUGAUCAGGGACGAUCACUUCGCUUUGGAAGAGUUGUAGGCUCCACGGGAAGAGGGGCCCAGGGGGCCGCCGGGGGAAGGGGGAAGGGGAGAGGGAAGGGGGACUCGUGUAGAAUGUAGGGUAGAUAGGUAGGUAUUCUUUAUGAUUCUAUUGGUGUAGAUUCCACGAAUGUGGACAGAUGGGUGCGCAUACACCAUCACCAGACGCUCGCUUUCACCCCGUGGCAGUCGGGCGUCUCCCUCUCCCUCUCAUACGUGUUCUGGCCUUUAUUCCCUUGCUGACUCAGAGCGUGGCGUGUGUGAACGAGAUGACGAGAACCGGAUCGGAUCCGCGUUCACACUCGCCACGUCAGCAUGGCAGGCCACGUCAGCAUGGCUGGCGAAAGUAGGUUGCGGUUUCCAGUUUCGGCAGCUAUUGGCGCCUAAACUUCGCCUCCGCUCACUUUUAAGGAAGGAGGGAGGUAGAGAGAUGUUUGUUUGUGUGAAUUCCAACUUGCGCUGUGUCCUUUCAAAUUCCUUCACGUCCCCUCCGGAUUUAUCCCCCCCCCCCUUCCCCCCACUGUCCCUACGCUCUCUCUCGUCGACGAAUGAAGCUGCGUUUCCCCCCCCCGGUUCUUGGAAGAAAAGCAACGAGAGGCGUCUUCAGGGAGGCAAUGGGCGUGGGGGGGGGAGGGGGAGGAGGAUUUGGAAAAGUAAAGGUCUUUCUUGCGGCGGGCGCGUGGAGACCGCCGCUGCAGUGAUUGCCUUUUGACCACAAGUGUCGCCCCCCAAAAGGAGUCGCUUAGGGGGGGGAGGAGGAGGACGGGGGGAGCGGAGGGGGAGGAGGAUGGGGAAAAGUAAACGUCUUUCUUGCGGCGGGCGCGUGAAGAGCAGCGCUACUCUGCUCAGUGAUUGCCUUUGACCACCAGUGUCGCCCGCGAAAGGAGUCGCUCGAGAACGAAGCUGUUCUCUGUACACACGAGUUCAAACACGAGUCAAACAGGAGUGAAAAAAUGUAAUCGUGUUCCAGGAGGACACCAUAGCAUUGUUUUCGUUCACUUUCGGCGGUCAUCAUAUUCAUGGAUUUGAGCGGAGACGGUGGGUGGCAGGGGUACGAGACACGAGCCUGCGAGUGGGAGCCGCUAUGUGUUCACACGAGGAGGAGGAGAAAGAAAUUGUGUGUCUAUCUCUGGUGCGUGGGAGAGGAGGAAGAGGGACAUGAAGAGAGCAGGGAUGACGAGGAGGGAGGAAGAGAGGAGGGAGGGAGGAAGAGAGGAGGGAGGGAGGGAGAGAGGAGGGAGGAAGCGAGGAAGGAGGAAGAGAGGAGGGAUGCAUGUGUGUGACAUGUGUGUGACAUCUUCGUCGUUCUCAAUGGCAGCUGGCUGAAUGUUGAUCGCGUCGUGGCGCUGCGUGACUUCGGAGUCGCAUAACGACAAGGGCAUAUUUGUCAAGGAGAGGACUUUGCUGGAUGAAUGAUUGCGUGAUUCACGGCCAGAUUCGAUCGAGCAAGGACAAAGGGUGGUUUGAACUUCGGUAGGAUGAGGGACGUGUGGUCGAAUCUGUUGACGUCAUCGGAAAUGGUGGAAGAAUUGACGCCUGGAAAGUGUUCCCGGUGAGUACGAAGUAGGAGAGGGGAAGCCAGGGAGGGGGGAAAGUGUAGCCUCGUCGAAACUUUCACCCCACCGGUUGCUUUGAUCACUUCGUCGUUGAUCGUGGGUGCCUGGUGAUCGUCAUCGCUUGUUUGCUGGCCUGAUUGAUUGGUUGAUUAGUCGGAUGGUUGGUUGAUUGAUUGGUUGAUUGAUUGGUUGGAUGAUUGGUUGAUUUAUGGAUGGAGAGUAUCGCCAGGGAUUUAUCUCCGCCAAUCAAAGACUUGUCCGUGCGGCUGCGCAGUUAGAAAAGAAAGGAGCGCGGGGAGCACGUGGAAAAAGCUGACGAGUCACAGGGCGGACGCAACUGGCGGGGAGAAGAAGGGGUGUGUGUGUGUGUGUGUGUGUGUGUGUGUGUGUGUGUGUGUGAGAGAGAGAGAGAGAGAGAGAGAGAGAGAGAGACAUGGCGUGGCGAGAAGAAAGAGGUCGGGGUAGGGGGCAGAGAGGGCGCGGUUGCUGCGCUCGAGUGAGAGUCCUGGAAUAAGAAAUUUGAGUGGAUGAGGCAAACGAAGUCAGGAAGCCGGUUUCUAAUUCGUUUCUCGUCCGUUUAGGUUUGCCUUUCUUUCUCUUUUUUUUUUUAAACGUUUUCGUGCCUUUUCGUUUUAUCAGCCGUCCGGGUGCCCAACUUUGCAACGAUGCAACUUUUCGAUUGCUCGCUACUUUUCCGAACUUCCUUUGCAGCUUCCGUUCUGUGUACAAAGAUAUAAUUCGACUUUUCGUCGUUUACUUGUCCGGAUAUGUAUCGCUUCGUAUUCG